ACGCCUCCAAACACUCCAUCCAAACAACCAGUAACCCUUCAUCCUAUCCUUCGAAAUGUUGAAUGGACAAUAACUCAAAAUUAUCCUCCAAUUUUAGUUUUUUGUCUUGUUUUUCUGUUGUAAAAAUUGGUCUGAACCAACUACUUCAAGUAACGGAACGUCGGAACCUAUUUCAGUCUGGCCGGGUUUUGAAAUUAAAGUGCACCGGGAAAUUAGGGCUUUUGUAUGUCAUUUCCAAUUUCAGUUCCAGAGCAAUGGAGGAAACUAUAGACCGAAGGGCGUCGGGGACAGUUGAUUUAUCCGGCAAUCUUUGCUCUGCAAUGGAUUUGACCGGCAGGGUGCAUCAGUUGCCUUGCUGUAUCAAGUACAAUGGUUCUUCUGAAGUUUCUAACUACUUCAGACCCAAACCUACUGAGGUAGUGUUUGAUGGGCUAAGCGUAGAGGAAGCUCAAUUUCGAGGAAGGAAGCUCCAGGGCACCACGCUUCCGAUUCCGCAAGGCUAUUCUGGAUUUGUCUUGGGAAAGAAAAAACCUGAUGGAAAAGGAAGUAUGUCUCAGGAAAGGCCAAACUGUUGGGAGGUGAAGGCAAAAUUCCAAAACCUGACAUAUUGGAAUCAUGAUACCGUUCCUUCACAAAAUGAUGCUUUACCGCGUACAUUUCACAUGUUUGAUAUUGCAAAAGCACUUCAUCGACCAUUGAGCACUGAGGAACUGGACUCUGUAUCAAUUGAAAAGCUGAUUGACGAAUGAUGAAGUUCUUUUCUUAUGUUUUGUUUGCAUCUCCCAUUUUAAGUCAAGCAAAAAGUUUUUGCUAAUUUUGUUAUUUUGGGUGCCUCAACUUUCGAUCCUUGGGAAUGAAAUCUCAUUUAGGGGGUUAUUGUAUGUUAUUAACUGUAGAAAAUAAACAUGAGUGUGGCUUAUUUCUCUGGUUUGAGAAUUGAAACUUGCUUCGCUGGGGUUGUGGGAGUUUUUGAACAUGGAAAGCAUGGAAAACACGAAAAUUCUCAGGAAAGAGUAUGUUUCCGUUUCGGAAACUCUUUGGAAACUCUAUGAACAAGCGUUUUUUUAGUAAAAGUUGACGUUUCCCGUAUUUUAG